AUGCCUUCCCCCUCGGCAUACGAUCUUGCGGAAUCGGCCUCUGCGAAAUGGAGACCAGGUGAAGAAUUAGCAGCAAGCGGCUUCGUCGCCAUAGUAUUCUACCUUUUCGUCGACAACAACCUCAGCAUCUACCGGAUAUUCAAGAGGAAGAAGGGUCUCUACUACUGGUGUAUGUUGCUCGGAACCUGCGGCUGUUUGAUCGACUCCAUUGGGGUCGUAUUGAAAUACUUUGUCCCCAACCCCGAGCCCCUGUGGCCGCUGUACACGCUCUUUCUCUUGGGGGGCUGGACCAUAUACGCUCCCGCACAGCUUCUGGUCCUCUAUUCAAGACUCCAUCUGGUCAAUCAGAGUCGCAAGCUCCAACGAUGGGUACUCAUCAUGAUCAUAGCCGUUGCAUCCCUGACGAUCAUUCCAACCUGGCCUCUAGUCUGGCAAGCAUUCAACCCCUAUAACCCCCGCCUCUCUGCCAUCUACUCGCCCAGAGAGGCCAUAGUCGAUCGGUUCACCCAGCUCGGCUUUACCUUUGCCGAAUGCAUCCUCAACGGCAUCUACAUUUGGUCCUUAGCCAGGGUACUCAAUCUUAUGUCGGGCCUCAGACAGCGCCGCGUCAUGACUGACCUCAUUUGUGUCAACGUGAUUGCUGUCUGCCUAGACAUCUUGACCGUGGUCUUGGUAUUCCUCAACCAAACGGGCAUCAGCCAUCCGAUCCAGACUUUCAGCUACAUUCUGAAGUUGAAGCUGGAGUUCCUGGUCCUGAACCAGCUCAUGGCGGUAGCUGGGGGAGGACCCCAGAACGUUAUAGGUGCUGACCGACAUUAUCAUCACCCCUCCACGUCGGCCGAGAAGGGUGCGUCUGCUGCGAGUAGCAAAACUUCGAAGUGGAGACUGAAAUCUCUUCUAGAGCGGGCAAAAGCAGGUUCUGACGAGGGAAUCAUGGUACCCUCCCCUACAUUGUCUCAAGUCCAGGGGAGGCCCGAUGGCUCGGGUUCGCAGAUUACGCACGAUCACGCCGACGGUGGGAGAUGGCCUGUGAAAGCGAAGGUCAAGGAGCGCGGUGCCAAGGGAGCAGUCGGUAUUGCUGAAGAAGAAAAUGAGGAGGAGGAGAACAUUGGAGUCCACACGUGGGAGAACCGCGGAAAGUUGGUCAUGGAGGUCUCUGAGUUUGAGACGGAGUGUCAUGCUUGA